CUCAUCUUUUCCGCAUCCAAACUUGGAGUGAUUUGUGUGUGUUAUAUUUGAGACACACACAUAAUACAACGUUUUGUCAUUCGUUUAUGAUCAGUAGUGAAUGGCAUCCACAUCAGUGAGAAAUGAUUUGGUCAGCGGAAAAAGAAACCAGCGGAGCUGGCCCUCAUCGAGUUUCAGAGCAGCAAGUUGGAGUGCAUCUCCAUUCACAAAGAGUGCUGGACGCAGCAGUGGAGAGGAUAAUGAGGAGGAUCUCAAAUGGGCUGCCAUCGAGCGUUUGCCAACGCUAGAUCGCAUGAGAAAAGGGAUGAUGAGUGUAGUGCUUGACAACGGAAAGGUUGUGUGUUGCCAAGUUGAUGUCACUCAUCUUAAGUUGCAAGACAAGAAGCAACUAUUGGAUACUGUACUCAAAUAUGUUGACGAUGAUAAUGAUAAGUUUCUUCGUAAACUUAGAGACAGAACUAAUAGGGUGGGGAUUAAAAUUCCAAAUAUUGAAGUCAGAUACGAGAAUUUAUCGGUGGAGGGAAAUGUGCAUGUUGGAACUAGAGCACUUCCUACCCUGCUUAAUGUUACUCUCAACACCUUUGAGAGGAUUCUGGAGUUGUUUCGCCUUGCACCUUCCAAGAAGAGGAAAAUUCAUAUUCUUAAAGAUGUUAGUGGAAUCGUCAAACCAUCAAGGAUGACCCUACUUCUAGGUCCUCCAGGUGCAGGGAAAACAACAUUACUUUUAGCACUUGCAGGGAAGCUUGACCCAGAUUUAAAGGUUUCAGGGAGAAUAACUUAUUGUGGCCAUGAACUGAAAGAAUUUGUUGCUAAAAAAACUUGUGCCUAUAUUGGUCAACAUGACCUUCACUAUGGAGAAAUGACAGUGAGAGAGACAUUAGAUUUUUCAGGACGUUGUCUAGGUGUUGGCACAAGGUAUCAAAUGUUGGAAGAACUUUUACGAAGGGAGAAACAAGCAGGAAUUAAACCGGAUCCUGAGAUUGAUGCAUUUAUGAAGGCUACAGCCAUAUAUGGUCAAAAAACUAAUUUGCAAACAGAUUAUGUUCUUAAGAUAAUUGGAUUGGAUAUUUGCGCUGACACUUUGGUUGGUGAUAACAUGAGAAGGGGUAUCUCCGGUGGACAAAGGAAGCGUGUCACAACAGGGGAGAUGCUAGUAGGACCGGCAAAGGCACUAUUUAUGGACGAAAUAUCAACAGGAUUGGACAGUUCCACCACUUUUCAGAUAUGCAAGUUCAUGAGGCAAAUGGUUCAUAUAAUGGAUGAAACCAUGGUGAUUUCUCUUCUACAACCAGCACCGGAGACAUAUGAACUAUUUGAUGAUGUUAUCCUUCUUUCAGAAGGUCAAAUUGUAUACCAAGGUCCACGAGAACAUGUGCUAGAGUUCUUUGAAAACAUGGGUUUCAAAUGUCCUCCAAGAAAGGGAGUUGCUGACUUUUUACAAGAAGUAACAUCUAAGAAAGAUCAAGAACAAUAUUGGUUUAGAAGAGAUGAACCUUAUAGAUACAUUUCAGUUCCUGAAUUUGCAGAGUGCUUCCAAUCGUUUUACAUAGGAGAACAACUUGCAACAGAGUUUAAGGUUCCUUAUGAUAAGAGUCAAACUCAUCGUGCUGCCUUAGCUAAAGACAAGUACGGUAUAUCAAAUUGGGAACUACUGAAGGCAUGUUUCUCAAGAGAAUGGUUGCUUAUGAGACGCGAAAUGUUUGUCUACAUAUACAGGAUAAUACAGUUAGUUGUCUUAUCUAUUUUAGGCUUUACUUUGUUCCUUAGAACUGAAAUGUCAGUGGGCACUGUUGAAGAUGGGAUGAAGUUCUUUGGAGCAAUGUUUUUCUCUAUAAUGAACAUAAUGUUCAAUGGGUUUUCAGAACAAGCCAUGCUUGUUUCAAGGCUUCCUGUCUUUUACAAACAAAGGGAUUUCAUGUUCUACCCUGCAUGGGCAUUUGGGUUACCUAUAUGGGUUCUCAGGAUCCCCAUUUCCUUGGUGGAAUCAGGAAUAUGGGUUGUUUUCACAUACUACACAAUUGGAUUUGCUCCUUCAGCUAGCAGGUUUUUCAAACAAUUCUUGGCACUGUUUGGCGUUCAUCAGAUGGCUAUCUCUCUAUUUCGGCUCGUUGGUGCAGUUGGUAGAACAUAUGUUGUUGCUAAUAUCCUGAGUGGCUUGACUUUUCAAAUAGUAUUGGUGCUUGGAGGAUUUAUUGUCUCCAAAAAUAAUAUCAAGCCAUGGUUGAAAUGGGGCUAUUAUGUUUCUCCUAUGAUGUAUGGUCAGAAUGCCAUAGUAAUAAAUGAAUUUUUAGACGAAAGAUGGAGUAAACCAAAUACAGACUCUAGAUUUGAUGCACCUACAGUUGGAAAAGUACUUCUGAAGUCUAGAGGCUUUUUCACUGAUGAUUAUUGGUUUUGGAUAUGUAUUGGAGCCUUGUUUGGUUUUGUUCUUCUUUUCAAUCUUCUGUGCAUUGUUGCAUUGACUUAUUUGAAUGCUAUGGGUGAUUCAAAAGCAUUCAUCACAGACGAAGACGACAAGAAGAAUGAAAAUUCAACCUUUAGACAACAUGUCAAUAGAGGAGGUCAAGGUAUAAACAUGGCAGUGAGAAAUGCUUCACAUCAAGAACGAAGAACAGGAAUGGUCCUGCCGUUUCAACCUCUUUCACUCGCAUUCAAUGACGUGAACUACUAUGUAGACAUGCCUGCUGAAAUGAAAAGUCAAGGAAUCAAUGAAGAUAGACUUCAACUACUACAUGAUGCUAGUGGUGCUUUUAGACCAGGUAUUUUGACAGCACUUAUGGGUGUUAGUGGUGCUGGGAAGACUACCCUUAUGGAUGUAUUAGCUGGAAGAAAAACAGGUGGAUACAUUGAAGGAAGUAUUAGCAUCUCAGGUUAUCCAAAGAACCAAGCAACAUUUGCUCGUGUCAGCGGUUAUUGUGAACAAAAUGACAUUCAUUCUCCAUAUGUUACUGUGUAUGAGUCACUAUUGUUUUCAGCAUGGCUUCGCCUUCCUUCAGAUGUAAAUGCACAAAAUCGAAAGAUGUUUGUUGAAGAAGUUAUGGAGUUGGUUGAGCUUAACCAAAUCAGAAAUGCACUUGUGGGCCUUCCAGGAGUGGAUGGUCUAUCCACGGAACAGAGGAAAAGGGUUACUAUUGCUGUAGAAUUGGUUGCCAACCCUUCAAUUAUCUUCAUGGAUGAACCAACAUCUGGCCUUGAUGCUAGAGCUGCUGCUAUUGUUAUGCGUACUGUAAGAAACACAGUGGACACUGGGAGAACCGUUGUUUGCACAAUUCAUCAACCAAGCAUAGACAUUUUUGAAGCUUUUGAUGAGUUACUUUUGAUGAAAAGAGGAGGACAAGUUAUCUAUGCUGGACCUCUUGGUCACCAUUCACAAAAGCUCAUAGAAUAUUUUGAAUCCAUUGCAGGGGUUCAAAAAAUCAAGGAUGGUUAUAAUCCUGCCACAUGGAUGCUCGAGGUUAGCACUCCUUCAAUUGAGGCUCAUCUUGGCAUAGAUUUUGCGGAGAUUUACACUAACUCUACUCUUUACCAAAGGAAUCAAGAGCUUAUCAAAGAGCUCAGUACUCCACCACAGGGUUCCAGUGACUUGCGCUUCCCAACCAAAUAUUCCCAAUCAUUCUUUGUUCAGUGCAAAGCUUGCUUCUGGAAACAAUAUUGGUCGUAUUGGAGAAACCCUUCGUACAAUGCAGUUCGAUUGUUCUUCACAAUAGCCAUUGGGAUAAUGUUUGGUCUAAUCUUCUGGAAUAAAGCCAAAAAUAUCAAAAAGCAACAAGAUUUGUUUGAUCUUUUAGGAGCCAUGUACGCUGCAGUGAUGUUCCUUGGAACCUCGAACACUAUGGGAGUGCAACCAAUUGUUGACAUAGAAAGAACUGUAUUGUAUCGUGAAAGAGCUGCAGGGAUGUAUUCAACAUUGACUUAUGCAAUUAGUCAGGUGGCAAUAGAGGCAAUUUAUUCUGCCACUCAAACGACCAUCUUCAGUGUCAUCAUCUACUCCAUGAUGGGGUUUGAAUGGACGGCCAGGAAAUUUCUUUCCUUCUACUACUUCAUGCUUAUGUGUUUGAUCUACUACACAUUAUAUGGGAUGAUGAUUGUUGCCGUCACCCCAAGUUUUCAAAUUGCUGCUGUUUGCAAUUCCUUCUUCUUGACCAUCUGGAACACGUUCUGUGGCUUUGUCAUUCCUAGGACGCAAAUUCCUAUAUGGUGGAGAUGGUACUAUUGGCUAGCUCCUAAUGCUUGGACACUGUAUGGCCUUGUUACCUCUCAAUUCGGUGAUAAAAUUACACAAGUGGAAAUUCCAGGAGCUGAAAACAUGGGGCUGAAGGAACUACUUAAGAAAAACUUCGGUUAUGACUAUCACUUCCUCCCAGUGGUUGUUGUUGUUCACUUAGGCUGGGUUCUCCUUUUCUUGUUUGUUUUUGCCUAUAGCAUAAAAUUCCUGAACUUCCAAAAGAGAUGAGUUGGGAUCCUUUUAUCUCCUAACCCUUUGGCUUUAAAUGUAAUGGACUAAGUUUUUCAAGUUUGGCUGGUUUUGGCAUAGCAGAUACAAAAAAUAUUUUGUAAUCCAAAUUUUCUUGAAACAAAUAAAAUCAUAAAGUUGUCAAA